AUGUGUGGCAUUUUUUGUUCUGUAAGCUUUUCUGUUGAGCAUUUCAGUAAAGAUUUAAAAGAGGAUUUACUGUAUAAUCUUAAACAACGGGGACCCAAUAGUCAUAAACAGUUGUUAAAAUCUGAUGUUAACUACCGGUGUUUAUUUUCUGGUCAUGUUCUUCACUUGAGAGGUGUUUUUACUGCCCAGCCUUUGGAAGAUGAAAGAGGCAAUGUGUUCUUAUGGAAUGGAGAAGUCUUUAGUGGAAUAAAGGUUGAAGCUGAAGAGAAUGAUACUCAAGUUAUGUUUAAUUAUCUUUCCUCUUGUAAGAGUGAAUCUGAUAUUUUGUCGCUCUUCUCAGAAGUCCGAGGUCCUUGGUCUUUUAUAUAUUAUCAAGCAUCUAGUCAUUAUUUAUGGUUUGGUAGGGAUUUCUUUGGUCGCCGUAGCUUGCUUUGGCAUUUUAGUAAUUUGGACAAGAGUUUCUUCCUCUCUUCAGUUGGUGCCCAAACAUCUGGAGUGGCAAAUCAGUGGCAAGAAGUUCCAGCAUCUGGAAUUUUCAGAAUUGAUCUCAAGUCUACUACUGUUUCCAAAUGUGUGAUUUUAAAAUUGUAUCCUUGGAUAUAUAUUUCUAGGGAAAAUGUUACUGAAGAAUGUGUUAAUAGCCUGACUCAGAUUUCGGCAGACUUACCAACAUUUGUAUCAGUGGUAGCAAAUGAAGCCAAACUAUAUCUUAAAAAACCUGUUGUUCCUUUAAAUAUGAUGUUGCCUCAAGCUCCAUUGGAGACUCAUUGCAAUGACAUUUCCGGCGUCCCACCUACAAGAGAGACACUUCGGGUCCUUCUUAAUGAUGGACACAUGAAGGAAGUAAUUCAGCAGUUCAUUGACAUCCUGAGUGUUGCAGUCAAGAGACGUGUCUUGUGUUUACAUAGGGAUGAAAACUUGGCACCAAAUGAAGUUUUGAAAACUUGUGCUAGGAGAGCAAAUGUUGCAAUCCUGUUUUCUGGGGGCAUUGAUUCCAUGGUUAUUGCAACCCUUGCUGACCGUCAUAUUCCUUUAGAUGAACCAAUUGAUCUUCUUAAUGUUGCUUUCAUGACUAAAGAAAAGACUGUAUCAGCUAGCUUUAACAAAAAAAUGAGUAAACAGAAAAAUCAUGGCGAAAUACCUUCUGAAGAAUGCUCUAAAAAUGCUGCUGCUGCUGCUGCUGCUGCUGCUACUGCUAGUCCUGAUAAACAAUUCAAUGUACCAGAUCGAAUCACAGGAAGAGCAGGACUAAAGGAACUACAAGGUAUUAGCCCUUCCCGAAUUUGGAAUUUUGUUGAAAUUAAUGUUUCGCUGGAAGAACUGCAGAAAUUAAGAAGAACUCGAAUAUGUCACUUAGUUCAGCCCAUGGAUACAGUGUUGGAUGAUAGCAUUGGCUGUGCAGUCUGGUUUGCUUCUAGAGGAACUGGUUGGUUGGUGACCCAGGAUGAAGUGAAAUCAUAUCAGAGCAGUGCAAAGGUAGUUCUCACUGGAAUUGGUGCAGAUGAGCAACUUGCAGGUUAUUCUCGUCAUCGUGUCCGCUUUCAGACACAUGGGCUGGAAGGAUUGAAUAAGGAAAUAGUGAUGGAACUGGGUCGAAUUUCUUCUAGAAAUCUUGGUCGUGAUGACAGAGUUAUUGGGGAUCAUGGAAAAGAAGCAAGAUUUCCUUUCCUGGAUGAAAAUGUUGUCUCCUUUCUAAAUUCCCUACCAAUUUGGGAAAAAGCAAACUUGACUUUGCCCCGUGGAGUUGGUGAAAAACUAAUUUUACGCCUUGCAGCUGUGGAACUUGGUCUUACAGCCUCUGCUCUUCUGCCAAAACGGGCCAUGCAAUUUGGAUCCAGAAUUGCAAAGAUGGAAAGUAAUAAUGAAAAGGCAUCUGAUAAAUGCAAAAGGCUUCAAAUUAUUUCCUUAGAAAACUUUUCUACUGAAAAAGACAUUAAAUCAUAAUAUGAUUACACAAUGUAACAAUAUUUACUAAAUGAUAAUUAUGUAUUUAUUGUAUAAUGCAGUGGCUUUAAAAUUCACUAGGUGAACAUGUGGAGGUGCUGGGAGGGUGGUGCAUGCACCCAGAGAGGGCAUGCGUUCCCCCACGCCCACUUACCUUGCCAUAUCCUAGCUGUGCCUGAAUUGUAUUCUUUAAAAUAAACUGGUAGACAUUUGUGUUUUUUUGA